CCCAUAUCCUAAAUCUGCGGGCAUAAAUGCGUCAUUUGUCGGCGAUGACGUCAGAAUAAGCCGGUGACUGAGGGGGAUUAUGUUAGCUUAUGCUAUGAGCAGUAGUACCAGGUUGGGACGUAUAUCAACAAUCCUAAGGAUGGAGACUACUGAGAAGAACCCGCGCAAAGACUAUUUUCAGUAUGCCCACAAUGAUUCCUGCAAAUUCUCCCGAUGGACUGCUAAGGAAUGUUACCAGUAUAUGUCUGCUAGGCCGUGGCAAAAAGUGAAUGAUUUUUAUGCAGAAAUGGUGCAGGGACGCGUAUCAUUGUCAGAUUUGUUCAGAAAAGAGUUGCUGCAGACAUGUGCUGUGCAUGAUGAUACUGAAAUCAUAGAGGAUAUCCAUGAAAAUGACAUUGAUAGUGCUCCAGCAAAAGAUAGGACUGGGAGGUGGGCAAGAGUAACUUUCAAGGUACUCCUUUCAUACCAUGGGGGUUCGUUUCAAGGCUGGCAGAAGCAACCUGGUUUGAAUACUGUACAAGGUAUAGUUGAAAGAUCUCUUGGUAAGUUUGUCGACGAGAAGAAAACUCAGCUGCUAAAUGAAAAGAACUUACCAAUUGAAGGCUGUGUUGUAGUAGCUGGGCGCACUGACAAGGGAGUUACAGCAUUUCAACAAGUUUGUUCUUUCUAUACUUGGCGAAAGGAUGUGAAACCUCAAGACAUUAAAAGCACCAUUAAUGAUGCAGCACCAGGGAAGAUCAAUGCUAUUUCUGUUACUGAGGUAUCACGUGAAUUUCAUCCAAAUUUCUCAGCCAAAUGGAGGCGCUACUUGUAUGUCUUUCCCUUCAAUGAUGGAAAAGAAGCUGAGCUCAGCAGUCAGGUUGAGAAGGAUUUGAAUGAACAUGAUUAUACCUUUACAUUAGAUAAUGGACUUCAUGAUGACAAGGAUCAAAUCGAAGCUGGAAAUAAGCCUACAAGGUUUGAAGUCAGCAAGGUUAACCAACUCUUAAGUCAAUUAGAAGGGAAGUUGCUGUCCUACAAGAUGUUUGCACGAGACACUAAAGCCUCAAGGAACGUUGGUCCCCCAACUGAGUGUUUUGUCUUCCAUGCCCGAGCGACGGAAGCGAUCUUACCAUGUACACAGGCUGGAAGUGAAACGAAGAUCAUGUGCAUAGAGUUGGUUGCUAAUCGCUUCUUGCGCAAGAUGGUGCGAGUUCUUGUUGCUACAGCAGUGAGAGAGGCUGCUGCUGGUGCUGAAGAGGAUGCACUACUGAAACUGAUGGAUGCCACAUGCAGGCGAGCAACUGCUCCACCAUCACCUCCAGAUGGCCUUUGCCUUGUUGAUGUUGGGUAUACAGAUUUUGAUAAAAAGAUUUGUUUCAUAUCUUAAGGUCUUGUUGUGACCAUUACUACAAAGACUCCAUUCUUCAUCUCUUCAUUUGUAAAUUUGGGAGAAGAGGAUAUUUGGAAGGCAAACUUGCUAGAUCAUAGGAGAGCUGUAAAAGCAAGGAAGAGAAAAAGAGUGGACUGUGGAAGGUAUCCUCUUCCAGCUAAUUGGCAAAUCAAGAUGGUCAAUCUUAUGGUCCUCAUUUCAACUUCAGCCAAAACUUUUUGUUCUCACAAAUGGAGCUAUCAACAAAAAGAAGCAACUGUAACCCAAGUUAGCCAAAACUUGCCCUAUAUAUGAAAAUACAUUGAUUUGAGGUUUGCAUGAGUACAAAUAUGUUGUAAUGAAUAAUGAUUGUAAUUAUUUGCCUCAAUUUUAAUUAUUUGUUUUUCA